AGAGCCACUGUCCACUUCACAACGAUGCGCGGUGCUGUAGUGUGCGCCUGUGUGUGUAUCGCACUGCAACUAUGUGUCCUACUCGUCGUUCAAGUUGACUGCCAGUUGGUUCAUACCCCGUCCAACUCUUUUAGAGAAGAAAAUGAAGAGUGCCGAAGAGAAGGAGAAAAGGUUUGGCUGUGUAAGAGAGAUAAGGAUUGCCGUGGAGCUAGAAAGUUGUUACAAAGUGGAGGUAAACUUGUCUCCUGUUUCUGGAAGGACCCCACAACCCACAUCGUAUGCUGCCCACCUGAGGAACCAGUAAACCGUGUUUCAGUGUCUGAAAAAAAGUGCGCCGAGUUUCAAAAAGUACUGUGCCAGCAGCAAGGUCGCCGAGGGUUAUUAAAGCGGUCUGUUACUCAGCUGAACCAAUUGCCUGGGAUCGGAAGAAAGCUUUCAGAAAACAAGGAGUUUUCUAACAUACUACACAAUAUGAAUACCACAGCUAAACCCAGAGGUAUGUUUGCGAUCGGAGGCGCCCCUUCUAAACCUAAGGAGUUUACCAACAUGGCAAUCAUUGGAUACGGUGAUAAACAAUCCAUCUCCUGGCAGUGCGGAGGAUCUCUUAUCAGUGAGAGAUACGUCCUUAGCGCUGCUCACUGCUCGCUCACUGGAUAUGGGCUAGCUCGGUGGGUGCGCCUGGGAGACCUGGACAUCAGUACAGACAAGGAUGACGCGCGGCCACAACAGUUCGAGAUCAUCGAGCGUAUCGUACACAGCGGCUACAAGGCGCCCGCCUUCUACAACGACAUCGUCCUGUUCCGUCUGGACAGAGCGGCCGUGUUCGACGAGUACGUGAGGCCGGCCUGCCUUCACACGGGUAUGGCCGAUCUGACUGGCGUGGGCGUAGCAACUGGCUGGGGCCGAAACGAAUCAAAUGGUCCAACAAGCCCAUCUCUAGUGAAGGUGGGCCUCAAGUUCCUGUCGAGUGAGGAGUGUCAGCGAGUGGUGGGCACAGUGGAGAGAUACCUGCCGGCAGGGCUGGACACCCAGACAAUGCUGUGUGCGGGCGAACCGGGCAAGGAUACAUGUCAGGGUGACUCAGGGGGGCCGUUGAUGUUAACUGACCGAUUGGACUCGUGUCUCAAUAGACAAGUGGGCGUCACAUCGUUUGGCCCGAAGAACUGCGGAAUGGCUCCUGCUCCGGGCGCCUACGUCAGAGUGGCUCACUUUGUGCGCUGGAUAGAGUCUGUGGUCUGGCCCGAGUAGCCUCUAAAUCAUUCAUUGUAAUGUAAUAUUUUUAUUUUCCUAUCGUACUCAGGUAUGGGAACUUGCUUGAGAUACUUGUGAAUAACACAUCCAAAAAACGAGCUUUUCGUGAGAUUUUAUAAUUUCCCAUGUCAGGUGUAAAUCUGGAUCCGUAUUUUAUCAAUGCCCUGAUUAUUGUAUGAAGGUUUUUGCUAGUUGUAUGUUAUUGUCUUUAAUUUAAAUAAUAUAUACUUUAUUUUGGAUAUCUUUAGAACGCGAUAUACAAGUUCGUCACUACUUCCUAAAUACAAGCCCAUCCUUCAGAAGCCUAUCACUAAAGGGUCUACAAAAUGUCUGUAAUUCUGGAUGAUAUCCUGAGAAUGAACUCAACUCGGUGGUAUUGUAGACUUGAAGCGUUCCAUGAAGCUACACUGUCAUAUAGGCAAUAUCAAAUUCAUUGAUGGUGGUUAUCACUCUAUAUGAUUUAGCUGAGCGUUAGCGAACAUUUUUACGUCGGUCUUGUAGGUAACGAUUGUGACAACAGGAAAAUUGCAUAAUUUAUAAAUUUGUAAACACUCUCAGUACGAUCAUAUGAGAUUUUAAAAUGUGAAUUUUAGCAUAUUUAACCUAACGAUUACAAGGUAUCUUGAUAUAGAUAUCACUUAUAGGCUUUUAUUUUGCUUGAAAGUUAGUUUGCACGUAGUCUGUAACUUGUUAUAUGAUGGCGUAUGUCACAAUGCAAAAAGUAAUGUUUCGUAUGAUUCUCAGUCUGUCCUUCUCUCCGCGUGACAUCUCAAGAAUUAAAUGAUCUAUAGACUUUAAACUAAGCAUGCAACCUCAUCAAAGCCUAUUUAUUUAUGAAAUAAAUAAAUAAAAGCCUGUUACGUGACGCGUGAUGUGGCGUACUCCUUCCUUGUUAUAUACUUAUUAUCUCAAAAUAACAACUACAAUACUCUCUAUAAAUAAACGGGUGUAAACGAUGAAGCUUUUUCAACGUAUUGUGACAUGUGCUCGAAGCCAAUACUUCUAUAUCAACAAGUAUCUCUCGCAAUAUCUCUUAAAUGUGUACCAGUGCAGAGCGGUCCUACACGUUCCUUCACCUGGUGCUUUCUGUGAUACUCACUUAGUGUUAGUUUAAGAAAGGAGAUGAAUAAUUUUCCUCGUAUAUUUUUGUACAGUUACUUUUAUAAAAAUAAAAGAAGUAAUUAUUCUAUUUUAUCUAAUUAUUUCUGUUAUCUGUUAUUGUAAAAAUUUACAUUUUAGUUAGGCACCGUUAUAAAUAUCAAUUAUUUAUAGCUUUAAUACAUUAAUUUGUGUUAUGUGAACAGUUUAUAUUGGACAUAUUUAAUAAAAUAGUUAUUUAAAAGUGUUAUCCGGAGUUAGCUUUGACUAUUUAAGUAUACAUUUUUUCUAAUAAUUCCCUUUCGGCUUCAAGUAAAGCAAAUACGUAUAAUACUAACACUAAUGACUAUAUAGGCAAGUCAUCGUCAUGUAGGCUAUGUCCGUAAAACACAAAGUUAUACUUCUUAUAACCCUUUAAACUUUAUAUUUUUUCAUACUCGUUUUAGGAAAAUAUCUGUGUUUCGUAUAAAUUUACUAGGUUGGGUCAUAAAUUUACUAGCCAAUGAACAUAACAUUUGAAUGAAACUCUCUUAGUGGUUGGGAUAGCAUCAAUUUUUAUAAAAUUUACAAUCAAAUUACCCCUUUUGUUCUCUUAUGUCCCUCCAUAGAUAAGAGUUUCUUUGUUAUUGAAGAAAAACACUACAUAAUAUGAAGAGAGUCAAACAUUAGAAAGUUAUAAACUGGUUGCGUCAAUUCAUCAACAACGUUUCAUGGUAAAGGAAGAGGCUUUAACUAUAAAGCAGUGUUCAGUUCCCUAAUAAUCACCUUAUGAGAUCGUUGCUAAAAGGUCUUAUGGGAUCAUGUUUAAUAUUUUGCUAUUCUAAAAAUCACAUUGAGGAAACAAUCCAUGACCUAGAUUUGGUGGAUAUUGUGUAGUAUUUUAGCACAGAGAGUUGAUGUUUCAUUUGCAUAUCCGCCCUAUGACUUUCGAACUCUCUUGGUGCAAGCAUACUUAUAUGUUUUCAGAAAUACUGUAUCUCCACACACUGUAAGUUACAUCCUCUGUUAAUGGUUUUCUGUUGCCAUUGAUAAGAGUCCUCUUACACCUGCAUUCACGGUUGGCAAAACUGGUUUUAGUUAACUAAAUGAGAGUUUCCUUGAUAUAAGAUUUUUGGAGAGGGGUCUUUGAAGACUGGCUUAGGGGGUGGACACAUUGAGGUAAUAAGAGGAUAAGUUAUGGUGAAUGCAAAGAUCUCCUUUCAUUCAUUUGUCAGCAAGGAUACUGUGGAUAAAUUUAACGGUCUGUGAUAAGUCUAGGAUUGAGAUCAUAUUCUUGUAAUACAUACAGUAUUAGGGCCUACUUGACGUUGGAUAUGUUGUUUAGCGACUUUUAUUCUUACAUAUCAGGUGCUUAGAGGAAUGGAGAGGAUUCACCCAAGCAUGGACUUUAGUAAGUAGAAUAAGAUUAUCUUUACAAAUUAUGUUCUUUAUUUUUAAUUUUCCAUUUAUGUCGGAGGUAAUAUUAAAUAGAUAAAAUAAAACAGAAACGGUAAUGGUGAAAUAUACGAGCAGAGAAACAACUGAGAUAUACUGAUGCGUCGUCAUGAGAUAAACGCAGCGACUCAUGAAUUGUUAACUGCCCAUUAUGAGGGUCUGGUGCCCAUGUAAAUCGUACUCUCUCGUAUGUGUUGUACUCAUCGCACUCUGGUGUGACUUUUAUCAUGUUAAAAAUCACGAGACUCUUCUGUCUUGUACGUUCUAAUUAUUCAUUAUCAUGAAAACACAGAGCUUUAUUUUUAAAUAUGGAACAAUUUAAAAAUAAAUAAAUAAAUUUAUCCUUGUAAUUAUGUAAAUUGUUUACAUUUCAUUUGUAUUGCUUUUAAAUUUAACCUCUUUUUAUAAAGCUCGAUUUAUGACACAUCGAAAUUUAAGUUCUCAGGAAACAAACCUAUUUAAAUCUAUGUAUUAUAUAUAUUUUUUCAUGGAAAAAUAUACGUUAGUUAUUAUUAGAACCUUCCAAUAUUAAUAACGUGUGUCUAAGUUAAUUCAUUUAUUAUAGUUUUUUAUAAGAGUUUAACUUUUAUAAACAGCAAUUAAAACAGAAAACACUUACGACAAACAACAUUUAAAAAAGAAGCCACAAGUUUGUACUAAAAGCACGCUGACUAGGUUUGCCUGAGGUGGGAUAGCGGUAAUAGUGUAAUUCACGAUAGAGUAAACAAGAAGUAAACACGAGUUACUAAGUUUCCGAAGGCGCCUCUCGAGGCCUACAUUGUACACUCACCUUUUGUGUCCAAGUUUCAGAACGUAUUGUGAGCGUAGUUUGUGUGUGAUUUCCCAGUUCAAGGUUUACCUUGUUCCUUGUUCAAACCUUGGGUACCUGAAUCUUGCGCUAUACAUUAUCUACGAGUAACACCGUACUUGUUUUUACGUUGAUACGAUUAAGCUUGAACUUAUUCUAUAACUAAAAUUGUACAGAAAUAAUUAUUGCGUUUUAGAUUCUACAGCGCAAUGCUUUGAAUGAAGUAGUAAACAGCUAUAAGUAUUUAUAUAUGUUAGAUAUAUCCAUAAUAUUAGUCCUAUGACGUUCUAUUUAUCUCUAUUUAAAAAGUCAAGGGUCUCUCAUUUACUCAUAACUAAUUCUCCAAUUUCCCGAUACCACAGAAACUUAAACAAAACUGAUGUAUUUUCAGUACGACCAAACAUUCAUAGGUGUUGAAAUGGGGUUACAAACCUAAGAAUAAUCACGUUCAUCUUUAUACUUUUCGGUAUGAAACACGUGUCUUGUGCUCUCAAAAGAAAAAAAAAACUCUCAUGAGAAUCGACCACCCAUAAGGGAAGAAACAGGGUUAGAACAACUAUAAGAAAUUAAUUUUUCACCUUUUCGGUGUCCUACGAAAACGACAUUCAAUACACAUGUUCCUCAUGAUUUAUUAUAAAAAUAUGCUUUUUUCAUAAAUAUCAACUACCCAUAGGGGUUGGAAUGACAAAUAAAGACCACAAAAAGCUCUUUGUGUCUCUGGUCUGGAGUAAAAGAUAUUGGUGUUGAUUUCCGCCUUACUUCCUGCGAAUAGUGGUAAUUAAUGCAAUACAUAUGUGAACAAUUCAUUUACAUACAAAUAAAAUAAGUUGCCUUUAAAUAAAGUUGUUAAUAAAAGUCACAUCGCAUGAAUUUUGUAUACCCACUGUAACAUUAACGUAAUUAGUAAUCGGUUCAGUAAAUAUAAAAGUCAAAGCACUUCUCAUAAAAUAGAAAUUUGCCACAUUAUUAAAAUAUAAAACAUAAAGCAAUUUUAUGAAUAUCAAACAUCUAUAAGGGUUGAGUUGAAAUGGGGUUGCUACCCCUAGAAGAAAUAUAUUUUGUUUUCAACUUCCCGAUGUCCUAGAAAGUUGAAAUAUGACACACGUGUGUCUUAUGCUCUCAAUAGACACAUAAAUGUUUCAUGUUUCUGUCGCUGCACUAAGUUGAAUGUAGACAUUUAUCUAUAUCGUUGGCACUCAUAAUAUUUCACUCUACGACUUCAGGACCUCAAAACAUUGCUCUUUAAAAUUAAAGUCCAAUUAUUCUGAAUUGGACACUGGAAUAUCGCGUAUAUUCAGGAUUGUCCAUUAAGCCAUUAAUAAAGGACAUGUAUACUUGUUAUUCAAUGGAAAAUCAGAUUCAAAUCAGUGGGUACAUUCUAGCCUCCAUGUAAUGAUUCCUCUUCAUGUUCCAAAUAACUUUUGUCUUUUGAUUCCGAGAGCUCAUAGAGGGUGAGGGCCAAAAGCUUGCAGGACCUGAAAUCGUCCUGUAACAAUAACUUCAGGUGACCCGGGGGUCAUAUGAGUUAGGAACUAUUAGAAUCGUAGAACUAUCCUAGUAAUGCUUUCAAAGCUGUUUCGAGAGUUGUAGGUAUUAAUGCCAAAAAAAUGUUACUCUUUAAUACAAACACUCACUUUCAUCGUUUGUAUGUAGCCAAGUUUUAGAUAAUUCAUUAAAUAAUUGAAAGAUUUAUGCUUCUUUUUCAUUUAACAUAAUUUAAAAACCCAAUAAACCCCCACUAAGCUUAAUAAGAUACUAGCAAUUGCACGUGAUUUCCUAUUAAAUAACAGGCAUGCUAUAUCAUAAGUCCUAUCAAGUGGCAUAAGUACCUUAAAUACUCCUGAAAAUAAGUGAUGGUCGUUGGAAGAUAUUUAAACAACCUAAUCCAUUUAAGAAAAAAUGGACUUUUUGGUUAAAGCAAUAUUUUGGGGCCCUGAAUUCGGCAGUGAUACAGAUUUUAUGAGUUUUAAUGAAAUAUUCAAAUUCUAAAAUAUUUAAUUGAAUAGCUCCAACAGCUUUUUGAAAAGGUAGUUUUUAUUUAAUAUUAAGUAGCCGUAUAGUAAUUUUGAAUCGGAAGUAGAUCUAUUAAUGGUACAUAUUAUUUCAUGUCCAUGUUUAAUAAUUAUUUGAGGCUCUUUUUCAGGUUGUUUUGCGCUGAAAUCACUGUAGGUUCGAAUAUUGUCUUGUAGUCACGAUAAAAUAAUAGUAAAAACAACAUUUAUUCUACUGUACUUAUUAUUGUACGGUAUUGACUUACUGUACUUCUAUUUUUCCCUACUGUAUUUAUUAUACACUAAUAUUAAUUAUACAUUGUAUAAUUGUAUCUAAUGUAUAUUUUGAUUCUGCUGUUGACAGAGAAAUAAAUAAAGAAAUAGCCAAAAAUCGUC